AUGGCAGACGAGGCAAAUGCACCCGUUGGGACCGAUGCUCCGAUGCCUGUCGAGGAACCGACGCGUCCCGCAGAGGCCCCAGAGGGCGCUGCCGUCGCCGAGGCAAAGCCGGGAGAUGGCGGUGACGUAGUCCCGGCAGUCGACGACGCCGAAGUUCCUAAGACCGUCGCUGCCGCAGAAGACCAAGCCGCCAAAGACGAGACGACGACCGACGCGAAGCCGGACACAACAGAGACAGGGGCUGAUGGAGACGCAGCGCCUGUCGCUGAUGCGUCCGCGACGAACGGUACCCCCGCCUCCAAGAAGGCAAACAACAACCGUCGCAAGUCGACCGGAGGUUCCAUACCCGAACACAAAAAGAAGACACCCAACAAGAAGAAGAAGACACCUGAGCUACAUCUUGACACCCAGCCCGGAGAUAUGUGGAUGGUGGCGAUGCGCGGAUACCAGCCGUGGCCCGUCGUCAUUUGCGACGAGGAGAUGCUUCCGGAGUCGCUGCUCAGCAAGCGCCCCGUCAGUGCGAAGCGCCUUGAUGGCACUUAUCGUGACGAUUUCCUGGAGGGUGGCAAGAACGCAAAGGAUCGUCGCUACCCCAUCAUGUUUCUUGGCACGAACGAAUUCGCAUGGCAAGUAAAUACAGAGCUGCUGCCGUUUGACUUAGAAGACGUCAAGAAGCAGGUCGAGGACGGCAACUCUCAGAAGAAAAACAAGGCUCUCUGGGAUGCCUACGUCGUCGCGUCUGAAAACCAUGACCUGCCAUGGUUCAAGGAUAUGCUCGCAAACCACGAGCAGGCCAUGCAAGAGGAUCACGAAGCUAAGCAGCGCAAGGCCGAGGAGAAGGCUAAGAAGGGGAAGCGCAAGAGCUCUGUUGCCGAGGAGUCUGAAGACGUCGAGAUGGAAGAUGCCGACGAUGAUGCGGCUCCUUCCGCUAAGAAGGCAAAGGCGUCGAAAAAGCGCAAGAAGGACGACGAGAGCGACGGCGAACCCGAGAAGCCCGCAAAGACCCCGAAGACCAAGCUCAAGCUCACCAACAAGCCAAAGGAGGCCUCGACUACGAAACCUAAGAAGGAGUCGAAGCCCAAGAAGGCCAAAGCCAGCGAGAGUGACGAAGCCGAGGCUGCCCCAGCUGAAGAGCCGCCCAUGACCGAAGAAGAACGACUCCAGAAGCGUGAGAAGUUAGUCCUAUACCUACGACACCGGCUGCAGAAGGGUUUCCUCUCGCGCGACCAAGCACCCAAGGACGAGGACAUGCCCAACAUGUCCAGCCACCUCAAGCAGCUUGAGGAGCUCGAAAAUCUCGAGGCCGAAGUUAUCAAGAACACGAAGGUUCACAAAGUCUUGAAAGCCAUCAUCAAGCUCAACUCGAUUCCAAAGGAAGAGGAUUUCAACUUCAAGCACCGUUCCAACAACCUCCUCACCAAGUGGAGUGGUGCAUUGGCGGCUGACACUGAGGCUACGACCGGCGAUGCUUCUGCAGUCGCACCUACCACCAACGGCGUCAAGCAUGAUGAGGAGAAGAAGUCGGAGCCACCCGCAGCCGAGAAGUCAGAGGAGAAGGAGGCGCCCGCUGCUCCAGAGGCCGCUAAGCAGGCUGACGGUGACGGUGAUGUUUCCAUGGCGGAGGCUAAGGAAGACGCUCCUGCAGUCAAGGCUGACGCUCCGGCUAGUCCAGGUGCUGUCGCCAAGCCCACGGAGACCGUUGCUACCUAAGGUAGCAUCCUGGAUUGACGCGAUCGAUGAGAACG